AUGAAGUCCUUCUCUGCCCCCCUCGUCGCCCUCGCGCUCUGCGUUGCCGGUGCCUCCGCCCAGUCCUUCCUGAUCAACACCCCUGUUCCACCCCCCGUCCAGUGUGUCACCAGCCAGCUCUCCUGGACUGGCGGCGAAGCGCCCUUCUUCCUCCAAAUUGUUCCUGGCGGUAUCCCGGGCGCCGCUGCUCUCCAGCAGUACUCUAACCUCCAAGCGAGCCCCUUCACCUGGACAACCAACAUCUCGGCAGGUACCUCCCUUGGCCUCUCCCUCACCGACCACAGCGGCGCGACCGUCCAGUCGGGGACCUUCCAGAUUGCCAGCGGUCCCGACAGCAGCUGCCUGAACGGCCAAGCUGCCUCGACUGAUACCUCCCAGGCGGCGACCGGCACGACCGGGACCACUGCCGGGACCACCACUGGUACCCCCGGCAGCGGCACUACUAGCACCACUUCCGGCGGCUCCCAGACCAGCACCAAAUCCUCUUCGUCAUCGAGCUCCUCCUCAUCGGCUACUGGCGCUAGCAACAACAGCGCCGCUUUCGCCAACAGCGCGUCCGUCGGCCUCGUCGGUGUCCUUGGCGCUGUCGCCGCUGCCCUCCUCGCCUAA